AUGUUAUCACGUGUAAAAUUAUCAAGUCAUUUUCCGGUUUUUGCUAAAUUUAUUUCUACAUCAUUACCUAUUCAUGGAUCACAUCGUGGUGGACGACAUUGGGGAAAAGAGAAUAGCCUUGAAACAUAUCGUCGAGCUGUUUAUGAAGCUCAAACAGAGAUUCUUGAAAUAGAUAUAUGGAAAACGAAUGAUGAACAUCUUGUUCUUAAUCAUGAUGGAAUUAUUAAUGGAUUAUAUAUUAAUCAAAAUACACUUCAAAAAUUACAACAAAUCGAUUCACAAUUAAUAACACUUGAUCAAGCUCUAAAUGAAUUUAUUUCAAUACCAUCUCUAGUUUUUUUCUUUGAUAUGAAAGAUAUCAAUGCUAUUCCAUUAACAAUGAAAACUAUUGAAAAAUAUCAAAUUGAAAAUCGUGUUAUAUUCGGUGCAAUUGAUCGACUUAUAAAUAAAGAAGUACAAAAACAAAAACCUUCUUCAAUCCCAAUUUGUGCUGAUACAGAAACAAUGUUGAAAAUUUUUCAAGCUUAUAAACAAGGACAACUUAAUGAAAAUUAUCCAUUUGAACAUGAUAUUCUUGGAUUGUUUCUUGAAUCACAUACACGAUCGAUAUUAACACAACAUUUAAUUGAUACAAUACAUAAAACAGGAAAACCAUUAGCGAUAGUUGGUUCACUUCUUGAUGAUCCAAAAAUUCAAAAAGAAAUGAUUGAACUCGGUGUUGAUAUUUUAUUUACUGAUCGUCCAGAUAUAUUACGGCAAACGUUAAAUUCCUAUACAAAAUAA